CCGUUUCAAACCAAACGUUCAGACCAAAUAAUCUCUCUCUAUAUAUAUCUAAGUAAUAAAACCACUCUCAUCUCACUUAACCAUAAUAGUACUCCCUUACAAAUACUAAUCACACAUUGUACAAUUUUCAAAUCUAACAAAAACUCGUACUAUACAUUCAUAAAAAGGAGUAAAUGGCAACAUUAAUAUUGAACUCAUCGCCAUCAUCGAUCUCACUAAAGCAGAGAGACAUCAUCAAGGCCGCCAUCAACAUCCCGCGGCGAGUCUCCAGAAUCCAGAUUCCCGGGCUCCGAACGGGAGGAGCAUUCCCAGAGCAAAUGGAGAAGCCUAUGCAAAUGCAAAUCAACACCGCCGUCGUCAAAAUCGAAAACUCCGAUCCAACGGCUGUGGCAAAGCUCUACGCGAUCAUGGAAGCCGUCGCUGACCGAGUCGAGAUGCACAGGAACGUCGGGCAGCAGCGCGACAACUGGAACAGCCUUCUUUUGACGUCGAUCAACUCCAUCACUCUGGCCGCCGCCGCGAUGGCAGGGAUCGCCGCCGCCGCCGGGGGCGGCGGCGGCUGCGCGGCGCUGAAGAUCUCGUCGACGGUGUUGUACGUUGCAGCGACUGGUAUGCUGUCGGUGAUGAAUAAGAUCCAGCCGUCUCAGCUGGCGGAGGAGCAGAGAAACGGCGCCAGGCUGUUCAAGCAGCUUCAGAAUCAGAUCCAGACCGUUAUUUCAGUUGGAAAUCCGACGGCUGCGGAUGUUAAGGAUAUGAUGGAGAGAGUGCUGGCUCUGGACAAGGCGUUCCCGCUGCCUCUGCUCGGGGCGAUGCUGGAGAAGUUCCCGGCGGCGGUGGAGCCGGCGGUGUCGUGGCCGGAGCGGAGGAGGCGGCAGGCGAGGGGAAUUAGCGCGGGCGGGUACAACGGGUGGAGCGGGAAGUUGGAGGAGGAUAUGAGGGAAGUGAGUCGGGUCGUGAGAGCGAAAGACAAGCAGGACUAUCUGAGAUUGGGCGAGAAGGCGCUCAAGUUUAAUAAAAUUCUUGCGGUUAGCGGGCCCGUGCUGACGGGGCUGGCGGCGUUGGGGAGCGCGGCGGCGGGGGCGGGCUGCGGGUGGGGGUCGGCGGUGGCGGUGGUGGGAGGGGCGGUGGCGAGUGUGGUGAACGCGGUGGAGCACGGGGGGCAGGUGGGGAUGGUGUUCGAGAUGUACCGGAGUAAUGCGGGAUUCUUUGAGAUGAUGGAGGAAUCGAUAGAGUGGAAUUUGAAGGAAGGGGAGGUGGAGAGGAGGGAGAAUGGGGAGGUGUUUGAGAUGAAGGUGGCGUUGCAGCUGGGGAGGAGCUUGUCGCAGCUUAGGGAUCUUGCGGCGGCGGACGGCGGGGAUGAGUUUGCAAGCAAGCUUUUCUGAUCAUGCAUUACUUAAUUACUCCUAAUUAGUGUCGCUUAGCUAAAUACUUACCUCCACUAAACCUAGUGGCAUGUGUAGAAUAUCAACCGCUGACAAAUUCAUUGAUUCAUUUCAAAUAAUUAGGCUAUUUUUUAUGAAAUUGAUCACUAAUUCCACGUGGAACUUUUUUUCUA